AUGUCUACGGUUCUCCGUAGCCGAUAUGGCUAUUUCAUACUCCUAUGCCUAGGCCUGCUACUGCUCCUUUCCCCCGGACAAGCAUACGAAGAACUUUCCGACGAGACAUUGAAAUUAUUACCGCGACCAAGUCAGGACUUUGACAUUCACAAUGGCGCUAUCCUAUCCCCUCUUCUCCAAACUCGAGUCCCCGGCACUAAGGGCCACGAUGCAGUCCUCGAACACCUAGUCAGUUUCAUCCGAAAAACCUUACCCAAGUGGAAUAUCGAGCUCCAAAACUCUACGUCGAAGACACCUCUUUCACAUGGGAAGGAUGUUCCCUUUGUCAAUGUUAUUGCCACCCGCGAUCCACCGCGUGCCUCGGUAGGGGACGUUGAACGGUUGACAUUAGUCGCGCAUUACGACAGCAAAUUGACACCGGAAGGCUUUAUUGGCGCCAUUGAUAGUGCAGCUCCCUGCGCAAUGAUAAUGCACGCAAUGCGCAGUAUCGAUGCUGCACUCGACAAGAAAUGGGCUGCCAUGGAGAAGGGAACGGAUUCUUCAUUCGAUGAAGAGGUUGGAAUCCAGGUCCUUUUCCUUGACGGUGAAGAGGCCUUCGACCACUGGACUGACGAAGAUUCUCUAUAUGGUGCACGCUCUCUGGCAGAGACAUGGGAUUCUCAGAUGAACCCCGCCAUGUCAACAUUCAAGACUAAACUCUCGUCUAUAUCACUUUUUGUUCUUUUGGAUUUACUUGGGUCCGAAACUCCUAAUAUUGUGUCCUUCUAUCAAACUACUCACUGGGCGUACCAACGAAUUGGCUCCCUGGAACAACGCCUCCGCUCAUUGAACAAAUUCAAGUCGUCGUCCCAUCCAUGGUUCAUUGAUACCUCCAAAGAUUUCCGCCAAAUUGUCUCCAUGGGUGGUAUCCAGGAUGACCAUGUCCCUUUCCUGGCGCGAGGUGUGGACGUUUUACAUGUGAUCGACUAUGCACCCUUCAAGGGGUUCCCUCAAGUAUGGCACACCAUGGAUGAUGAUGGCGAACACUUGGAUAUGGAUACAGUUGAAGACUGGAGUGUGCUGGUCACUGCUUUCGCCGCCGAAUGGAUGGAGCUGGGAAAGUUCCUUGAGCAACCAGAAAGCGGGAAAGCCCGAAGAGAUGAGAUGGCUAAGGCGGAUUUAGACAAGAAGACUGAGCUGUAA